AUGUCCGAGAACCAGCCGAACGCCAACAACCACCACCCGGCCAACAACAACGGGGCUGGCGGAGCUGCCGGGGGGAACAACCGGGGCGUCCGCAAUCCCAACCUCAACCAGAACCCCUUGAUCAAUGUGCGCGAUCGCCUUUUCCAUGCGCUCUUCUUCAAGAUGGCAGUGACCUAUGCUCGCCUCUUCCCACCCUCCUUCCGCCGUGUCUUCGAGUUCUUCGUUCUCCUCAAGGCUCUCUUUGUGCUCUUCAUCCUGGCCUACAUCCACAUCGCCUUCUCCCGCUCGCCCAUCAACUGCCUGGAGCACGUGCGGGACAAGUGGCCCCGUGACGGCAUCCUGCGGGUGGAAAUCCAACGCAACUCCAGCAGAGACCCCAUCUUCCUGCAGUUCUGUGGGGGGGAGAAGUUCCCAGGCAUGGUGGUGGAAGCCCCAGCUGAGGAAGAGGAGGAGGAAGAGGAGGAAAUGACCGUGGAUAUGUUUGAAAACAGCUCCAUCAAGUUUGAGCUGGAUAUCGAGCCCAAGGUGUUCCUGAAGCCAUCCAGGGUGAGCGGCACCGAGGCUCUGCCCCGCAACGAGAGCCAGGAGCUGGUGUUCAGUGAAGCAGCCACUAAAGGUAUGCAGCCUCUGCGGGAGACUGUGUCCGAGUUUGAGAUGCUAGCCAGAGCAGUGUGGCCCCAGGAGGAGUACAUCGUGGAGUACUCCCUGGAGUAUGGCUUCCUGCGCCUGUCGCAGAGCACUCGGCAGCGCCUCAGCAUCCCGGUCAUGGUGGUGACCCUGGAUCCUACCAGGGAUCAGUGCUUUGGGGACAGGUUCAGUCGCCUCUUGCUGGAUGAGUUCCUGGGUUAUGAUGACAUCCUGAUGUCAAGUGUCAAAGCUCUGGCUGAAAAUGAAGAAAACAAAGGCUUCCUUCGCAACGUGGUGUCAGGGGAGCACUAUCGCUUCGUCAGCAUGUGGAUGGCCAGGACCUCCUACCUGGCAGCCUUUGUCAUCAUGGUCAUAUUUACCCUCUCUGUCUCCAUGCUGUUGCGCUACUCCCACCACCAGAUCUUUGUCUUCAUUGUUGACCUGCUGCAGAUGCUGGAGAUGAACAUGACCAUUGCCUUCCCUGCAGCUCCUCUCCUCACUGUCAUCCUGGCUCUAGUAGGCAUGGAGGCCAUUAUGUCAGAGUUCUUCAAUGACACCACGACUGCUUUCUACAUCAUCCUCAUUGUGUGGCUGGCUGACCAGUACGAUGCCAUCUGCUGCCACACCAACACGAGCAAGAGGCAUUGGCUCAGGUUCUUCUACCUGUAUCACUUUGCCUUCUACGCUUACCACUACCGCUUCAACGGGCAGUACAGCAGCCUGGCCCUUGUCACCUCCUGGCUCUUCAUCCAGCACUCCAUGAUUUACUUCUUCCACCACUACGAGCUGCCAGCCAUCCUCCAGCAGAUCCGCAUCCAGGAGAUGCUGCUGCAGAACCAGCAGGUGGGGCAGGGCACCCAGACCACGCUGCAGGACAACCUCAACAACAACACCACGGCCGCCCCCGUGGAGGUGGGCAGCAGCCGCCGGCCCCACCUGGCCCCGGGCACCUCGGGGGGCAGCGGUGCCACCCCUGCCGCCCUCACCCCCAGCCAGGCCUCCAGCGUCAUCGCCGCGGCCUCCGUGGGCACCGACCUCAACUGGGUGGCCGAGACUGCUGCCAUUGUCACAGAAGCCUCCUUCCUGUCCGACCUCAGCACCUCCCUGCUGGAGCCCAGCGUGGUGCAGGAGGCUGUGGCCAGCGGCAGCCCUCAGGAUGCUGCUGCCAGCGGUCUGGUCGCCCGCAUCAGGGUCAGCAGCGACCACCCAGAGACAGCCAUGGGCUCCAUCACCAUCGAAGUCACCUCGACGUCGGUGGUGGCCGCAGCAGAUGUCCCCCCAGCUGCAGAGGAUGUCCCCCCGCAGGGUGAGGAGGGUCCUGGCCCCGUCCCAGCCCUCCCUGAGCAGACUGAGGCUGUGGAGGGCUCUGGGGGCCGGGCAAAGCCUGGGGGCAAGGACUGCAGUGGGGCUGAGCCCCCCCCGGCCGUCCUGGAGGACACAGAGCAGGACAGGCGUUUGGGGCACACUCCUGGGGACAGAGGGGACAGCAGCCUGUGCCCAGCACCAGCGGAGAGCACUCCCAGCUCCAGACCUUGCUUGGAGCCAGACGCCAGGAGCCUGUCUUGA